AUGCUGCUGGCCAGCGCCGCUGUGCUCCCGAUGGUGCUGAAAACAGCCAUCGAGCUCGACCUUCUCGAGAUCAUGGCUAAGGCCGGUCCAGGAGCCUUUCUCUCUUCUUCGGAGAUCGCGGCUCAGCUUCCCACACAGAAUCCGAACGCGUCAGUCAUGCUAGACCGGAUUCUCCGCCUUCUCGCUACCCACUCCUUCCUCAAUUGCAGUCACCGGAACCAUUCUGGAGGCAGAGUUGAGAGGCUUUAUAGCCUGGCGCCAUUGUGCAAGUAUUUGACCAAGAGGGCGGACGGCAUCUCCUUGGCUCCUCUCUUGCUCUUGAGGAAUGACAGAGUGAGCAUGGAGAGCUGGUAUUAUCUAAAAGAUGCAAUUCUUGAGGGUGGAAUUCCAUUCAAUAAGGCAUAUGGAAUGACAGUGUACAAGUAUUGCAGUAUGGACUCCAGAUUUAAUAUGAUAUUAAAUAAUGCAAUCUCUAACUAUUCUACCUUUAUUAUGGAGAAGAUCCUAAAAAUUUACAGGGGAUUGGAAGGUAUCAAUACCCUGAUUGAUGUAGGCGGUGGCAUCGGCACCUCCCUCAACAUGAUCAUCUCUAAAUACCCCUCUAUCAAGGGCAUAAACUUUGACCUCCCUCACGUCAUUGAACAAGCCACGCCUUACCCUGGUGUAAAGAACGUUGGAGGAGAUAUGUUUGUGAGCGUUCCAAAAGGAGAUACCAUUUUCAUGAAGGCAAGUAUGAACAAAAAUAUCCUAGAAUGCUGCAAAAAUUACAUAAAAUAA